AUGCUCAACGAAAUCAAUAGAGCGAGCUUGUUCCUAUUGAAGCUGAUGCGUUCUCGCGACCGCUUGUCCAGGGAAAAGACAAUCUCGCUGCGAGACGCUCUGGUGACCGUAAUGGUGACCCGCUACCACAACCACUGGUUCCCACUGACGCCGCACCGUGGCUCUGCCUACCGCUGCAUCCGCGUCAACCAGCAGAACAGUGAUCCUGUGAUCACGGCCGUCGCGCACAUCACCGGACUCAGUGCCAAACUCAUUCGCAGCUGGCUUCCACUACAGUUCACCAUGUGGGUGGACCCGAAUGAGGUCAGCUACCGCAUCGGCGAGAAUGGAAGUGUAAUGGCUGUGUUCGUGCCCGACAUCGAGGAUAUCCAGAGCUUCAUUCCCGACCCCAUCCCUGAACUGGAAACAGGCUUGGACGUGUUAGAAAGAUGUCAGAAAUUAAUCUAUGCUCAAAGUUUGGCUGCUCAGUUGGCAAGUUGGCUUCCUUAUGGUUGCCCAUUCAUCAUCUACAUAUUUUGA